AUGACGCAGGAGAUCCUGGGAGGAGUUCUUCGUGGGAAUGUGAAAACUAAUGGAUGGACUGCCAUUCCAUGGAAGUUCCUGAAAAUGUUGAAAAAUUACUGUCUAAAUACUACUAUUCAUGGGUUACGAUAUUUUGUAGAAGAAGAUCGUCAUAUUGUCGAGAGGGCCUUCUGGCUGGUGUGCGUGGCCGUAUCGUGGGUGUGCGCCGUGCUGCUGGUGCAGGAGGCGUGGUACGCGUUCCGCUACAACCCCAUCAACUUCGUGGUGCAGCCUGCCGAGCCCGGCUCCGCCACGCCGUUUCCCUCGGUAAUCAUCUGCCCAAGGGACAACAGGCCUGUCAUAAAAAAAUUUGCGAAAAGGUACCUUAAAACAAAAUCAAAAAUGGAUAUAUUCCAGUUUGGUGAUGCUCUUAAAGAAGUGGUGUACUUCACUGGGCGUCUAGCCAGCUAUAAAGCAGUUUGCAUGAAGGAGAAUGUUUUUGACCCUGAAUCCAAGUGUUUUAGAAACAACUUUACGCAUCUGGUAUAUUCAAAUACCAUCACUGAAAGACACAAGAGGAUAGAUGGUUUAUCACCAGUUAACAGGAAGAAUGAUACAAAAGCUCCCCAUCAUGAUGGCGGUGGUCUGGAGACCAACAUAGGGCUUAACUUUCUUAACACAGUCCUCAGCAGAACCAGUACAGCUAUACCAAACAUGGAACUGACAUGCUAG